CAGCCUCAUUCAGCAGGUCGAGCCAUGGAGUUCAGAGGGGUGUGUGUGCUGCUGGGAGUGCUCCUGCUCACCGACUUCACCGUUCCGCAGUCUUCCACCAGAAAGAAGCCGGUGAAAAAAGAUUCAACCAAGGAUCCUGCGAUUGAGGCGCUGCAGAAACAGGUGGAUGAUAUCGUCCAGGAGCUCAACCUCCUGAAGGAGCAGCAGGCCCUGCAGACAGUUUGUCUGAAGGGCGCAAAGAUCAACAGCAAGUGCUUCUUGGCCGACCCGGUGAGCAAACACUACCACGCCGCCAGCGAGGACUGCAACGCCCUGGGCGGCGUCCUGAGCGUCCCCGCCACCAGGGAGGAGAACGAGCAGCUGCGGGACUACGUCCUCCGGAGCGUCGGCGCCGGCGGCCAGGUCUGGCUGGGGGUCAACGACAUGAUGACGGAGGGCGCCUGGGUGGACCAGACCGGCCUCGGCGUCGCCUACACGAACUGGGACACGUCCAACUCCAGGUCCCCCCAGCCGGACGGCGGCCAGUCCCAGAACUGCGCCGUCCUGUCUGCGGCCGCCGCGGGGAAGUGGACGGACGAGAACUGUCGCGACACCCGGCCCUCCGUCUGCCAGUUCAACAUCGUUUGAUCGUUGAUGGCCGCUUUGUGUGUGUCUGUGUGUGUGUUCGUGUGCGUGUAGCUGCUCGUUGUGCAUCGCCACUUUGCCUGCUGCCCUGAAAGGAGUUUGAGCCAGUGGUUCCCAGCUGGACCCAAGUCUCAUUUACUCAGUCAUUUGCACAUUAAGUUGUAAUUUUUUCAUCUUUUUUUUUUUUUUUUGACAAAAAUGACGUAGUGGUGUGUAUUUUCAGUAUUCUUCGUGAUCACGAAGUCCAGUUUAGUACAAAGAGUAACACAAAAAACUGACAUUAGAUUCCCACAGAUUAGAUUAUCAAUACAGUCAUAAUGAAUGCGAGUGUGUAUGUGUGUGUGUGUGUGUGUGUGGGUGGCGGCACCGUUCAAAGUUAGAACCUCUUCCACACCUCCACUGCUGCAGUUCUGUGACGUGCUGGUCGAGAACCGCUGGCUUCAAACGUCCUAAAUACUCAAACGAGACCAAGAAGUCGUCAGAAGCGUGACACUAUAUCCACAGCUACUCGUCUCCAUUUAAAGCAGUCUGCCAGUCUUGCAGUUAUGACGUCUCGCCUCAUGUAAUCUGUAAAACCAAUAA